GACAACCCUCCGUAUCAAGCAGCGCAACAACGGCGCUGAUAUCCACAAUUGGCGGACAGCUGACUCCCCUGCAAGUCUCACAUAGUCGCAUCUGUCCAACCCGGCUAUCCUGACCAGUCAGUCCUACCGCGGCAGUCGGGCUCCUCGCUGCACACUACCACAAUGGGUGACGCCUUUGUCGCUCAACCGGAGUUCUUCGAGGCCGACCUUGGCGAAAGUCUAAACUCUAGGACAGAGUCCCUGGCAUCUUUCAGGGAGCUUGGACCUCCCGAUCUUUGCCAUGUCAUCAAGACCACGGGAAGGACGGGCUCCAAAGAUAUUGGCUCAUACCAUUAUGUAUCCGGAGUAGAUGCCUCUUCCUCGGCUGCCCUUGCCGCCUACAUCAAUUCCCUCACCUAUGAGUUGGAGCAGAACCCCGCAUGGUUUUCUGGAAAGACGUCUUACAAGCUCAAGAGUGGAGUCUACUGCUGCUUUAAUGCCUUCUCGCGGGUCGAUGUACGAGUUGAAGUGCGGAUCCCUGGCAGCGUUGAUGCAUUUGUAGUCGAUCUGCGAGGAGACCGGCAUCCUCCCACUCCCGAGAUCUGGCAGGAGGUAUAUCUAUCUGCCCUCCUCCGCUCCAUCCUAUACGCAGAUGACGCCAACUUCAGGCUAGCAGGUUAUCGAAAGCUAGACCCCAUUGCAGGGCCAGAGGCUGAACAUCGCUUUCUCCGAGCUGCCGAGAACCUCUUCUUCAAGGGCUGGCAACUGGGCUCUGAACCAGAGAUUCAGGUCGCUACAGUGGUUUCCAACCAUCUCGCGAAUGGAGUACUCAAGUACUUCGGCGACGCAGGCAGGUACGAGCAAGCCGUUAACCUCUUCGAGAAGCUCUACGCUCGCGAACCAGUGGUGGCAGCUCUGGUAGCUCAAGCUUACCUGGGGAUGAAUGAAGAGAUCAAAGCUGUUCAGAUCAUGCAUGCUGCUAUCAAGGAGACGCCUCACUCCUACGCUCUUUUGCACGUACAGGCUGACUUUCUGAAGUCAAAGGGCAAAGCAGACUGGGCGUUGCAGCUGUCUAAGCAGGCAGUGAAUUGCGCUCCUAGCGAGUUUGUGACGUGGGCCAAGCUGACGGAGUGCUACAUCAACGUGGGAGAUUGGGAGUCUGCACUCUUCACUCUCAACUCGUGUCCCAUGUUCACGUACAACGAGCGGGACCUUCAUCGCAUGCCGCCGCCUGCCAAGACGCAUUUGCCCACAAAGCAAUUCAUCGCGGACAGUGGUCUCCUCGACGAGGAAUCGGCCAAGGACAAUGAAGCCGAUGUUGCCCUGCUGCGCCUUCCCGCCCCAGCUCUUCGAGGUACCUUCGCAAAAGCGUAUGCUCUGCUAUCACGGCUUGUGAGCCGCAUUGGCUGGGACGAGCUGCUUCGGUGUCGAAGCGCCGUCUUUGUCAUGGAGGAGGAGUAUCGCAACCAGCGGCCUGGGGAGGCUACCUCAAGUUCAACCACCGCUGCAGGAUCUACAGUGAGCAAGUCAGCUGCGGAGAAUGACGACAAUGCAUCCGUUAAGGCUAUCCCGCCGACGCCAGGGAGUGAUGAUGGGAUCGGAGACGAGACAUUCGACAGCUCGGGGGACAAGUCACUUCAAGACGGCAUGUCGAAACUUGGCCUGGAUGCUGGCGCGAACUCGUCGAGCCACAGCAUACCGACCAUCAAGAUAUCUACGGAAAGCGACCACGAGAGGGAGAGAGCUAAAAUUGCAGAUUACGUUCAGGGAGCUGAGGGAGGCAAGACGGCGGGGGAAGAGGAGACCGGUGGAGGUGCGGUUGAGGUCACACCACCUCCUUUGGAGAAGCCCGCACAAGCUCAAGCCGGAGCCCAGCAUGGUCGGACCGACUCUGUUGCAACAGUGCAAGGUGCGUCUACGGGAGCAGACACUGAGCAGCAGCAAGCACAGCACGCAGACCCUUCGACAAGAGACGAACAGCCUGCCUCUGGCUUCUCGUUCACAAACAAGCGACUUUGCGAACGGUGGCUGGACAAUCUCUUCAUGGUCCUCUACGAGGACCUUCGCGUCUACACCAUCUGGCGGGCCGAAUUGGCUCACUACAAGACACAAGGUCUGCCGUAUCGCAAGACCGGUACCGAGUGGGAGAUCCUCGGCGAGCUGGCGCUUCGGCUGCACCACAAGGAAGAAGCGAAAGAUGCUUUCCAGAGGUGUAUCGAGGCAAAGUUCUCUGCAAAGGGCUACCUGCGACUGCUGGAGUCGUACGUGGAGGCGAGGGAUGUACAGAGGAGUCUGUGGAUGAGCUUGAGAUUGACGGCAUACAACCAUCGGUGGUACACAGAGGGCUCGUAUCCGGGAGCGGUGGCUACGAAUCUGUUCAAACUGAUCAGGACCGAGGGUCUGGCGAAGGUGUCCUACACGCUCGUGUCAAUGUCCCCGCCGAAUUCUAUCCUCAAGCUGAUGCAAAAUCACUUUGCGUACGCACAAACGUUCAAGAUUCCCGGUCACGACACCUAGGGACAGGUAUGGGUCAAACGUCAAGGGGAGAGAGGAGACGGCUGCAGCGCAGCAGAAAGCGAAAAAGACGAAACCCUGUACUUUGCCAUCAUUUAAAUCAACAACAACAUUGCGCUGCCAGGGGCGCUUCCCCUGCGAUCAUCACAU